AGAUGUGGUCGAACACGGGAAAGUUGUCGUCAGGCAAUCUCUAGAUUGGUUUCACGCCGCUACUAUGCCCGUGAAAGUCGCUGUUGGUACCGCUGGCUUUUAGCGGCGUCGUAUGGCGUAUACUGUGUAUGGUUCUAUGGAGGGACCCGCCGUGUAAAGAGUCGUGUUAGUCUCAAAGGAAAGACUGUAAUCAUAACAGGUGCCAAUGCUGGCAUUGGUCGAGAGACUGCUGUUGACCUGGCUAGCCGAGGAGCUCGUGUCAUCAUGGGAUGUCGGAACCCACUCAAGGCUCAGGCAGCUCUAGCAGAGGUCCGCAAGAGAUCCAACAAUAAUGAUGUGAUCUUCAAGCAAGUUGAUGUAUCCGACUUGAAGUCAGUGAGGAACUUCGCAGAGGAAAUACUAAGAGAAGAAGAAAGACUAGACAUUCUCAUCAACAAUGCAGGUAUCGGAUGGACCAAGUACAGUAUGACACCGGAAGGGUUUGAUAUGGUUAUGGGUACUAAUCACGUAGGUCACUUCGUUCUGACUAUGACGUUGAUUGACCUUAUCAAGAACAGCGCCCCCAGCCGGAUCAUCAACGUUUCAUCUCUCGCACACCAGUUCGCGGAAAAAGUCGAUUACGCCAAUAAAUCAGGAGAAGGAGUAUCAGAAUAUGACUUCUACAAUCGGAGUAAACUCGCCAAUAUUCUUUUUGCUAAAGAGUUAGCCCGUCGCCUAGAGGGGACAGGAGUGACAGCUUAUUCACUGCACCCUGGGGCUGUCUACUCAAGUCUCUGGGGAACUAUGAGGGAAUCAAGCGGGAACAAGUUCCUCCAUUAUCUCUUCUUACCUUUUCUCAUGUUCUUUUUCUUAGGUGAGAAGGACGGUGCUCAGACCACGAUCUACUGUGCUAUUGAUGAAUCCAUCACACAUCUCUCUGGGGGAUACUUCGCAAACUGUAGCCUGGCAAAGGAGUCUAAAUUAGCUAAGGAUGAACAAAUGGCUAAACAACUAUGGGAUGUGAGCUGCGAAGCGACUGGCAUCAACCCUAAUGUACUACCAGCCAGAUCAGGGAUAACAUAUACCACGUCCCUACAGGAGUGUAUUAUCGGGAACCUCCCUGGUAUUAUUGAACCACAGUCACAGACAGCAGCCAUGGAAGUCGCCAAAGAUGUAGUCGAACACGGGAAAGUGGUCCUCAGACAAUCUUUAGAUUGGUUUCACGCCGCUCCUGUGCCCGUGCAAGUCGCUAUUGGUACUGCUGGCUUUUUAACGGCGUCGUAUGGCUUAUACUGUGUAUGGUUCUAUGGAGGGACCCGCCGUGUGAAGAGUCGUGUUAGUCUCAAAGGAAAGACUGUAAUCAUAACAGGUGCCAAUGCUGGCAUUGGUCGAGAGACUGCUGUCGACCUGGCUAGCCGAGGAGCUCGGGUCAUCAUGGGAUGUCGGAACCCAAGCAAGGCUCAGGCAGCUCUAGCUGAGGUCCGCAAGAGAUCCAACAAUAAUGAUGUGAUCUUCAAGCAAGUUGAUGUAUCAGACUUGAAGUCGGUGAAGGACUUCGCAGAGGAAAUACUAAGAGAAGAAGAAAGACUAGACAUUCUCAUCAACAAUGCAGGUAUCGGAGGGACCAAGUACAGUAAGACACCGGAAGGGUUUGAUAUGGUUAUGGGUACUAAUCACGUAGGUCACUUCGUUCUUACUAUGACGUUGAUUGAUCUUAUCAAGAAGAGCGCCCCCAGCCGGAUCAUCAACGUUUCAUCUAUCGCACACGGCUUCAUCAACAAAGUCGAUUACGCCAAUAAAUCAGGAAAAGGAAUAACAGGAUUUGACUUCUACAGUCGGAGUAAACUCGCCAAUGUUCAUUUUGCUAAAGAGUUAGCCCGCCGCCUAGAGGGGACAGGAGUGACAGCUUACUCCCUGCACCCCGGAGCUAUCUACUCAAGUAUCUGGGGAACUAGCUGGGAAUCAAGCGGGACGAAGUUCCUCUAUUAUCUCUUUUUACCUAUUCUCACGUUCUUUAUGUUAAGUGAGAAGGAUGGUGCUCAGACCACGAUCUACUGUGCUGUCGAUGAAUCCAUCACACAUCUCUCUGGGGGAUACUUCGCAAACUGUAGCCUGGCAAAGGAGUCUAAAUUAGCUAAGGAUGAACAAAUGGCUAAAAAACUAUGGGAUGUGAGCUGCGAGGCUACUGGCAUCAACCCUAAAGUACUACCAGCCUAAUAAUAAUAAUAAUAAUAAUAAUAAUAUUUAAUUUUUAUAUAGCGCUUAAUACAAAUGUCUCUAAGCGCUUUACAAAUAUACUAUUACACCGGACAUUAGAUUCAGUGCUAGCCCGCACACACUGUGUGCACAAUCUCCACUCCCUGGGGAGUAUUCCAGCCGGGAGUUACUUGACGCUCACAAGCUGUUUGACCAACAAUAUAGCAUAAAAUCUAUGCACUAUUUAAUUGAUAGGAGAAUACGACCAGGUGCGCAUGCACGCUUGUAAAUGAUGAUGCAAUGAUUUAUUUUUGCAGCUAUACAUGUUAUUAAAUGGUAUAUUUGGAUAAAGAUUGAUUUCAUCACAAUACGCCUUUAAUCACCCAAUGAUAUUCCUUUACAAAAUAGUAUAUCUUAUAUAAUUAUGUACAACCCUUUACUAAUAUAGAAUAUCAAUAGUUUUAGCUUUUAGGUUAACACUUCCAUAAUAUAACUGUUUGUGUAAUAUUGAUUUAUUACGUUACAUGUUUUUUUUAAUUCAUGUACAACAAACAUGAUUUGAGAGUCCAUAAUUACAAACCAUUGUCUGUCUGUUUCCUUAUGCAGAAAUCUCCAUCAAAUUAUCCUCAUGUGAUGCAUUUUUAGACAGUUCUGAAUGAGCAUUCAGGAAAAGUUGUUCUCGAUAAUAUCUAUAUGUUUUCCUUUCUUAUCAACUUGCUUGCAUGGUAUGUUUGACUAUGGUAUUUUAGAAUAUAAUUUAAUUGUAAUUUGUCAUACAUAAACAUGUAUAACUAUAUGUAUGUAAUAAAUUCCUAACGAUUCUUGUCUA